GAGGGAGUAUAUGCUUAAACUUAUUGUGGUGAACUUUUAAAUAGGUACAAAGUACCACGCAGUAUAAAUUUGUAACUAUAUUCUUUGAUAUUUGGAGCCAAACUCACCUCUUUUGAAACCCCUUCACCUUGACGCGGCUCUAUCAGUUUCGGAUUCAGAGCUGUGAGCUUCGCUCGUACACUUUUUCAUCUGUCUGCGCGAACCGUCUGGGCUCCAUGUGUAACACACGCCUCUGUACGCUUACGUAAUUAUAUAUUGUUUUGAAAGGAAGCUCAAAAACUCGAUAGUUUUUAUUUGUCAACUCAUUCGUUGCCACAUAUGGUGAAUUCUCAGCUAAGUAAUGGGGUGACCGGCAGGGGAACUGGUAAAACCCUUUUGGAUAAACAGCUAGCUGGUGCUACAAAGAAAACUGCUUUAAAAGACUUACAAAAUCAAAAUGGAAGGCAGUUAACUAACCUUGGAGACAGUUCACUACUAUUGGGCACAAAACUUGGAGCAGAUGGAACAAGAGUUUGCGGCAGUAAGAGGCUCACACCCGAGAGCCCUUCAAGUCCCGUUUGCCACAUGUCAUUAGCCAGUAAUGGUGCAAGUGAGCAUAUAAUCAAUGCUCGGAGACGGUUUGAAUUAGAACUAGGUAGGGGAAGAGCCCAAAACGAUUUAGACAAAUAUGUAGAUUUAAUACCUCCAAAGCGUAACGAUGUUCAUCAGAUGCCGAAUCAAUCGAAGGAGAACAAUAUCAGCGAUGCCUCCAUAACUAUGCCCUAUAAUAAUAUCACUUACUCACAGAGUGGAGCACAAGUAUUCCUUUCAGUUGGCAAGUCUAAUACAGCCCCACUGUUUGUGAGAGCUGAUUCUGCUAAUAAGUUUAUCUCAGAUAACUCUCAGUCAGUUGAGUUUAAGGUGGCUGAUGAUCAGCACCGGACAGAACGUUUUGCUCGUCUCCAUAAAUUACUGAAGAAGUGUGAUGGGUCUAGCUAUUGCGAUUACACUCAGAUGCUUCUUCGUCUAUCCCCUAGUGAACUCAGCAGACACGCUGUUGAUCUGGAAAAAAGGGCCAUCCAAUUGGUGAUAGAUGAAGGAAAGGAAAUAAACCGGGGGAAAAUGUUAAAUAUUCUCCGAAAGUCUCCUCCAGAUUCCACACCUUUGCAAACAGCACAACUGCUUCAGCCCAAACAUGAAUAGUUACAGGAAAUUAUUUUACAUCCUGUUAGUGAAAGACUCUUACCUUAUACUUUGUUUAUGACGGGGAAGGGGGACACAAUCCUCCUAGAAAUGCUUUUGGGCAUAAGCAGUGAGAUCAGUUAUAGUCACAUGAAGGGAGUGAGGUUUUGGUUUUUGCAGCACAAGCAAAUUACUCCGGUAGUACAUCUUCUCAGGUUGAAUGUGUGUUUACAUCUUUUCGCUACAUAUUUUUAUUUCCUUUAAUCUCUCUGUUCAGUCCAGUGCCCAGAUGGGAAAGCUAUAAGCUUACUCCCUCACAAUUGUUAGUCAGUGCAAUAAACAUUUACCCUAAUCAUAUUAGACUCAAAUUAUUAGUGUUCUCAUAAAUCGAUACUUAAAUUCACAUUGAUUAUUAUUUUUGCUCUUUAGUUGUGUGGGCAAUACCAUAAACUUCUUGGUAUUAGGCUACUUGUGAUUUAAAGGGAUUGAUAGUGAGAUUUUGA